AUGACCGAGCCACCUAUGAAACGGGCCCGUCGCACCGAUAUCUCAACCAUGUGGGAUACAGACGAAAAACGGUCGAGGACCUCUCACACACCUGAAGCCGACUCGCGCCAUGGAAGCUCAAGACCGGAGGAUUCUCGCACAAGCACAAAAGAUGACCAACGUCGUUACCGCUCCCGCUCGCGUGAUCGAUAUCCACGGAAAAAAGAUAGAAGCUGGUCUCGCGAUCGCGAUCGCGAUCGGGAUGGUGGUAAACGUGACUCAUAUAAGGAUGGACGGGGUAUGAGGGAUCGUGAUCGGAGUACCAGUAGAGAUCGGCACUAUAAUAGACGUGGCAAUGCGAAAUCAGGAAGACCUGAUCGAUCCAGAUCACCGCGCAAUGGUACACGUUCCCGCGACUAUCCAGCUCGCGACUCAAAAGCAGACUAUAGAGACAGCAAACGAGAUGGUGUGCGACGGCCUGACCAACGACGCACAAACGGAGCGUCAAGGGGAGGCACCCGCGACGAGGAAGAUAUCGACCCUGCGGAUAUGAUGAGCGACAUCGAAGAUUCAGACGAUAUCGAAGCGAUGAUGCAGAAAGCGGUUGGCUUCACCAAAUUCAGGAGUACGAAGAACACAAAAGUACCCGGAAACAACAUAUACGGUGUACGGAAAGAGAAGAAGACAGAAUACCGACAAUACAUGAACCGUGUUGGUGGAUUCAACAGACCUCUCAGUCCCGGCAGAUGA